GCUUGUGGCAUAGAAUUCACUUUUUUAAAGUAGAAAUAAAUUUAGUUUUUUAGAGUCUGUAAAAAGAUUCUUGAAUUUUAAUUCUUUAACAUUUUACUUUGACACCAGAACUUGCUGUAUUCUAGCCAAGAAAAUAAAAAGAAAAAAAUACGCAAGCUGAAACAUCAAGAGACAAGGAGAAAAGUUAAAAGCAAAAUCGGAAAGAAGAAAAAUAAAUCAAGUAAACUUGAAAAUAAAAUGAAGAUGGAAGGAAGAGCUUGUAGUUUUGAUUUACCAACUCUAAGUGGAAUAUUUAGAAGAUAUAUCAAAUAUAAAAAUACCUUCUUAUCCCUGAACAGAAUCACAUCCUGGAUCAGAAUAGCGGGAAACAAGAAAAUAAAGUCUGCCACACAAUUCAAUGAUGCCCUAGAUGCUAUGGAAAAAUCAACUGUUGGUGGGACUGUGUGCCCUGGAAAUCCAGUUCUACUCGAGGAGGCUAAAAAAGCUUACACGACUCUCAGGUUAUGUGCCAGCACAGCUAGUCAGAAAUGUACCUGGGACGACUCUGAGACACUUGGGCUGGUCACUGAUUGUCAAACUCAGAUAAGGAAUUACCUUAACAAAUUUAAAGUCUGUGAAGAACCAGUUCCUAAAGUGGAUUUAAAGUGUGAUAUAGACUUUCGACCGAUAGAGGUUGAGGUGAAAGCUAAACUUAGAAUUGGAUGCAUAGAUGAAGAUGAUGUUUCUCCAGGGUCAUUUGGAGACUGUAGCAGGAAUCAGAAAGCUGCUGCAUAUCUUGCAGUUCAAUGUUUUUUAUGCAACUCCUUACCAACAACACAGGCUCCAGUUGGAAAACAUAACCUGAAGAAAAUAAUCAAUAAAUCCUUUUCUAAGAAACCGUAAAUUAAUUAUUGAAUUCAAGAGAUAUGAUAAUCCUGCGAACUCAUCGCAAACUAGACCAGGAGAGGUUCAAAUUCAUGCAACCUUAUAAUUUAAGCAAAAUAUUUUUUUUUCUCAGCUUUUUUACAUUUAUAUUUUUUAAAUUUAAAAAUAGAUAAAUGUAAAUUAACAAUUUUGGAAUUCAUGAUGACCCUUUCAAUGGUUUCAUUCUUUUAUUGAAUUUUCUUACUUUGUAGUCCAUUUAGUAGCAAUGAUGCCCUCCCCCCACAUGAUUCUAAAGGUUCGCCUCGCAAUUAUGAUAAAUAUUAACGGAAUAUCUAAAUUCAUUACAAUAGGACUUAUUUAUAAGCAAUUUCAAAUAGAUUAUCAAGUACAAUAGAUGGCAACGUAGAAUUUGUACACUCUCAGUACAGUUGUAUUC